AUGAAAUGGUCGUCUAUCCGUGCUAGGCUGCCGUUGCCAAAGCCACCUGGUCGGCGCUGGCUAUCGCAGAAGACGGAAGAGGUCAGACGACAAGCUCUCAAAACAGAUGAGCAGGCCGGGGUGAGAAGUCGACUUGAUCGAUUCGUAGCACGAACACCUCGCUUCCUCCAGCCUACGGUGAGGCAAAUACGACAUGCUCCUGUCUCCCACACUGUGGCCUUCAUCAUCCUCCAUGAAUUGACCGCAAUUGUUCCAUUAUUCGGUCUCGCGGGUGCUUUCCACUACGGGCAUUGGCUGCCGCCAUACUUUGCCGGAGGAGCUUGGGUUUCUGAUGGAGUAGAGAGAUUUGGGCGCUAUUUCAGAAAGAAGGGGUGGAUAAGUGAAUCAGAUGAAGUCGAGAUUGAGGACAAAGCAAGAGAAGGAAAGGCAGGGAGACCAGAGGGCCAGAAAGUGUCGAAAUGGUUCAACGAGGGAGAGGGCGGUACGAGACUGGUCAUCGAAUUCGCCACCGCGUAUGCAAUAGUCAAGGCACUGCUACCCGUUCGCCUGUUUGUGAGUGUCUGGGCAUCUCCUUGGUUUGCAAGAGCCGCAGUCAUACCGUUCCGCAAUAUCACCCAAUCUAUAUUUCGACCGAGAAAGACAUGA